AUGGCGAAUGCCUCCGUCGUCCAUGGCGACUCACUCGGCGAUAAUUCCAUCUACUGUUACCGCGCCAUGCUCACCACCUCCACCGGCAUUUGGCUUGGCGACAACCCUCUGCACUUCUCCUUACCCAUCCUCCUCUACCAAAUCAUCCUCAUCUUCCUCCUCUCCAACCUCACUCACCUCCUCCUCCGCCGCUUCGGCCAACCCCUCAUUGUCUCCCAAGUCGUGGCGGGGUGGCUGUUGGGUCCUAAUUUCCUUGGCAAAAGUCCCAUCUUUGAUAAGAUGUUCACCCAGCAGAGCUUUGAGCAGCUCGGCACCAUCGCCGGUUUCUCCUUCAUGCUCUUCUACUUCGUGGUGGGCGUCAAGGUUGACCUCACCAUGAUCCCCAAGGCCGGGAGGAAGGCCGUGGCCAUGGCCAUGUGCGGCACCCUGUUCCCCUACUUAUUCGUCUUCCUCGCCGCCAGAGCCAUGACCAGAGAUUUGCCACCACAGAACCCCCAAUCACAUUUCAUGUUGAUCUUUACUGACCGCUGGUCCGUCACGUCCUACGCCGUCCUCUCCGGCGUCCUUGCCGAGUUCAAUCUCCUUACCACCAAGGUUGGUCGCCUGGCCAUGUCCGCGACCAUCCUCUCCGAUAUCGUCCACCUCUUCGUCAUCGCCUGCAUCGGCACGUUCGUGACCGGCUUCAGGAGACAUGGCGACGCCCUGCAGGGCUUGACGGGGAUGCUUUCCUUCCUCGCCAUGGCGGCGCUCAUCAUGUUCGUCUUGCGGCCGCUGGUGCUCUGGCUCUGUCAGCGGACGCCCGAGGGAGAGCUCCUCGGCGAGGCCAGCUUCAUGGCCAUCCUACUCAUGGCGGUGGGCUGCAGCCUUAUGGGCAUCUUCAUCGGUUUCGAUUGCACCACAGGCCCCUUCUUCUUCGGGAUGGUGCUUCCUGGCGGGGCGCCGCUAGGGACCACGCUGGUGGAGCGCCUGGACCGCUUCAUCACUGGGGUGAUUCUGCCGUUGGCCUUAGCGCUCGCCGGGAUGCGGAUAGACCUGACGUCGCUUGUGAACGGUAAGGAGUGGGGGGUGUUUGUGAUCUUGAUAGCGGUCGCCGUUGCGACCAAAUUCGUCGGCGCCGUCCUUCCCUGCUUUUGCACCAGCAUGCCUCGCCGGGAGGUUUUCGCCACCGGCCUCAUGAUGAUCAACAAGGGAAUACACGAAGUGGGAUGCGCUCUCGAGUGGAUAGACACCAAGGUUGUGGAUGACCAAAUCUACACCAUCGUCAUCAUCUGCAUCCUCCUCCUCGCCGGAAGCACCACUCCCCUGCUCAAGUCCGUGUACCGGCCGGAGGACCGGUUUCUGGUUCACGACCGGCGGACUCUGCAGCACGCAGAGCCCGACGGCGAGUUCCGCAUCCUCGCAUGCGUUCACGACCAGGACAACGUAAACCCCAUUCUCUCCCUCCUCGAGGCCGCCGGUCCGUCGUCCCACUCCCCCAUCUGUGUCUACCUUCUCCAUCUCAUUCAGCUCAUUGGCCGCGCCGAUGCCAUCCUCAUCCACUACAAGCUCCACAGCUCCGCCCCCAUCUCCGACUCCGACCACAUCGUGAACGCCUUCAAGCUUUUCGAGAAGCAGUUCGACAGAGGCUGCAUCUGGGUUCUCCCCUACAUCUGCAUCUCCCCCUACAAUAGUAUGCACGACGACGUCUGCUCCCUCGCCCUCGACAAGAAUACUACCAUCGUCAUCCUCCCCUUCCACAAGCAAGCCAUCCCCAGCGGCAACUUCAUCUCCGGCGGGGGCCACGCCAUGCAGGCAUUCACCGUCAACGUCCUGCAAUAUGCCCCCUGCUCUGUCGGCAUCAUCGUCAACUCCGAGGGGCCGCUGCAACUGCGGCGCGUGGCGGUCUACUUCUUCGGCGGGGCGGACGACCGGGAGGCGCUCGCACUGGGGGCACGCCUGGCGGGUAACUGCGCCGUCGGUCUGACGGUGGUGCGUUUCCUUCCGUCGACGGAGUGGCUGGUGGAAGGGCCGGAUGCACAGGCGGACGAGCAGGCGCUGAUGCGAUUCCGCAUCCAGAAGGUGGACGGGGAGCGGGUGGAGUACCGGGAGGAGGCGGUGAGGGACAGCGAGGAGACGAUGGGAGUGAUCAGGGAGACGAGCGGUCAGUUCAAUUUGCUGGUGGUGGGGCGGAGGGUGGGGGAGGAUUCGCCGCUGACAGUGGGGUUGUCGAUGUGGAGCGAGUACCCGGAACUAGGAGCCAUCGGAGACUUGCUGGCAUCGACGGACUUCGGAUGUCGGGCUGCGACGCUGGUGGUGCAGCAGCAGACGAGAGUGGCCGGAGAUGGAACUGAGGGGUUCGAGGCCUUCGACGACCCGCCGAAGGCGAAGCGGGUGAAUGGUCAAUUGGACCGGCUGGUCGGUUUGCAAACCGAGUUACAUAGCCGGUUCCCUCCGCCGUCAGGGUCUCACACCGCCCAUUUCAAAGCCGUCGUGGCCGCCACUCUUCGCCCCUCGCCGCCGCGGGUAAAGUGGUUCCUGUUCUUCGAUCUGAUAUUUGUCUGUGUUCUUGUUUUCUCCACCGGCAUCUGGAAGGACAUCUCUUCGUCGGCGCUUCAGAUCUCUGCUAUGGGUGUUAAAUGA